AUGUUAUCUGUAAUAUGCAGAUACGGCAACACAAUCGAUUUUCUAUUAAAUACAGAAAAUUGGCCGGAUAGAAUUUGUAACAAUCAACAUUCAGUUGAAUUACCAAGAAAAAUUCCAUCAUCAUUUUCUAUCGUUGUUAAAAAUGUUCCGGCUCAACGGAAUGCUGCUGGUUUCGGGGAAGAAUUAAAACAAAGGUAUUCAACAAUUGUUAGAGCUGAAAGGCUCUUUAUUAAAGGAGGUCGACCAAUUUCUAAAGUCCGUGUGGACUUUUCAUCCAACAAAGACUUAGCUGAAAUACUUAAAAUGAAACGUAUAUUAUUGGAUGAUGAAUACACUUCGUACCAAGUUGAACCUUACGUGCCAUCAAUUCACAUUGUACGUUGUUAUAUUUGUCAAGCAUAUGAUGAUCACAUAGCUGCCUACUGUACAAAUAAAGAAAACCCUAUAUGUUUUAAAUGCGGACAGAAUCAUGUCUAUAAUCGCAAUUGUCAAAAUGAAACACGAUGUGCGCAUUGUCAAGGGGGGCAUAUGGCAGGUAAUCUAAAUUGUCCAGUAAAAAUUGAAAGACGCUAA